AUGCGGCGGUUGCUCGCUUCUGCUCAGGCCACAUUCGCCUGCAUACAUCAGGGCCAUACUAGCAAUGCUAACCCGAGACUGCUGCACCACUUCAUGUUCACUGGCUCUCACCUAGUCUUCUCGCUGCUGGACCGUCUAGACUGCAGAAUCUGGUCGGCUGUGAGCACACAGCAACCCAGUCCUUUCUGGAUGCGCCUCUUGCCCUCGUCAUUCUCGGAGGCGAAUACUGUGCGAGGCCGCAGGCAGUUCCACCGUGACGGCGCAUUUCAAGAUCUUCUCCAGGAUCUCCUGAAGGCUGGAAACUCCACAGACUCCAGUUUCCGAUUUGUGGAGGUUGGGGCAUCCUUGGGUGGUUGCACCUUCCACGUCUUGACCUCGGUCCGGGCUUCUGUGGCUGUGGCUGUGGAGCCGUACCAGCCGACGGUAGAGGCCAUGAAGCAGACGGCGUCUUGGAACGGCCUUGGCAACCGCCUGACUGUCCACCAAACUUUCGUGUCAGAGGGACAGGGUGCAUGCAGAAUCUCCUCCCUGCAAAACAAUCACGAGACCAGAGCUCCACAUUGGGACUUUGGUCAAGAAGAGUUCCCUGCCGGCACAGCCACGGAGUGCGCAGUGGCGACUUUGGAACACAUCCUCACCUCGACUUUGGGGACUUCAGAACUCUAG